AUGGAUAUAUAAUCCUUCAUCCAAACAUCGAAUUUGGAUACUAAGUCUCUAAUAACUGGUGGAAUAUUCAUUGUAUUUACAACCAUUUUAGGAGGAAUAGCCUUGUUAUAAACAUAUUGUGAACAUAGACAUUACAAUCUAUUAAGAGAGGCUUCAGUUGCUAUUUUAGUAGGAUUAUUAAUUGGUGUCAUUACUGAAUUUUAAGUUGUAUAGAAUGUUAACUAUGAUAAUUCAUCUGAAAUAUUCUUUUUUAUUUUGCUUCCUAUAAUAGUUUUUAAAGAAGGUUACAAUUUAAAUAAGCAACACUUUAUGAAGAACUUCUUUUAUGUAGUAAUGUAUGGUAUUUUUGGAACUAUUUUCAAUUUUAUCGUUUUGGCUGCAUUAAAUUAUUCAAUUACUAAUACAAGUAAAUUUUGAAUUAAUAUUAGAUAUAUUUUGGAUACCUCCAUAAAUUGAUAGUUAAAACAAUAAUCCUGGUAAUUCUAGGUAUGCAUCAAUAUUUUACUCAGCUUGUAUAUCUUCAAAAGAUAGUGCUGUUUCUUUAAGUGUUUUGGAAUUUGAACAUGCACCUAAAUUACAUAGCAUUAUUUUUGGUGAAUAAAUCUUAAAUGAUGUUGUAGUAUUUGCAUUAAGUAAAACUGUAGAAAAGUUUCAUAAUUAAAGUGAAGCAAAAAAUGAUUGGGAAUGGUAUAGUGUAUUCAUUUUUAUUGGUUGGAUUCUUGCAAAUUUAAUUGUUGGUUUAAUUGUAGGUGUAUUAGUAGGUAGUAUAGCAACAUGGAUAACAAAAGAAUCUCGAUUUCUAUCUGAGCAUUCGUCUGUUGUUACUGCAUUCACUAUAUAUAUAGCAUAUUUCUCAUUUUGUGUAUGUGAAUCAUUAGGAUUUUGUGGAGUAUUAGCAGUUUUACUGUGUGGUAUUAUGUUAUCACAUUAUUAAACUUACAAUUUACCUAAAAUAUCUGCUACUUCUUCUAAAAUUACAAUCAAAGCACUUGCUUAUAUAAGUGAAACAAUUAUCUAUUUUUAUAUUGGAUAUAUGGUAACAGAAAAUGCAAUUGUAAAAGAAUAAAAUGAUACUAAUUUAAAAUCUCAAGCCUAUACAUUUCUUCUUGUUCAAUAUUUUGUUUUCUCUCCAUUAGCUAAAUUAUCAUCUAUGCUAUUAGCACAUGGUUUAGCUAUCAUGUAAAAUUUUAACUUAUUAUUUUAUAGUUUACGUAUGAAAACUAAAGGACCAUGGAGAAUCAAUAAAUAUGAAUUUUUUCUUCUUUUUUAUUCUGGUCUUAUUAAAGGAGUGGUUGCUUAUGCUUUGAUUUGUGAAUAAAUAGUUGGAGGUAAAGAUUAUUAUAAAAUUAUCUAAACUACUUCUUUGUAUAUGGUAGUUUUUACUACUUUAAUUAAUGGAGGAACAUUGAAAUAUAUAUGUGAAUGGGCUUAUAAAUAAAUGGAAAAAGAUAUUUCAGGUUCUUAAUCAAGAACUUAAUCAGCUCAAUCAUAAGCAAUAAGAUAAACAUUUAUAUAAGAAGAUUUAGCAGCAUAUAAAUAACUCAAACAUAAAAGUGAGAAAUUCUUCAAAAAUUUUGAUGAAACAUAUAUUAAACCAUUCCUGAUUUAUAAAUAUAAAGAAAGAAAGGUUGAUAUUAUUCUAGCAAAGAAAAUGGAAAAAAACAAAACUAGAUAUGAAAAAGAACAGGAUUUUAAGAUGUAUGAUGAUAGUAUCAGAUAAUAGAGAGAAGAAUUGGAAUUGCAUAAAAAAAAAAGAAAUGAAUUAACAUAAAUAGAUUAUAAUGAUUCUGAUUCAAAUGAAGAUGAAGAAUAAAACAAUCAUCAAAAUGAUAAUUAAUAUACAUCAUAUUCAGGUGAACUAUCUGAAAUCAAAUAAAGUAAAUAAUAAAAUGGAGAUAAUAAACAUGAUUGA